AUGGAGUCUACUGGUUAUAUAUUCAACGUGCGUGACUAUGCUGUGAAGGAGAUAUUAGGACAGGGAGCUUAUGGUGUGGUGGCUCUUGGAAAUCAUCGUAAGACAGGUCAAAGUGUAGCUAUCAAAAAAAUUGAGCCUUUUCAGAGAACUCUUUUCUGUCUCCGAACUUUGAGGGAAAUCAAGUUUCUGAAGCAAUUCCAUCAUCCUAAUAUUGUAAGGAUUGUGGAUAUCCAGAAGCCAUUAAGUUUCGAGAGCUUCAAGGAAGUUUAUGUAAUCGAAGAAUAUAUGGAUGCUGAUUUACAUAGUGUGAUUAGAACCCAGGUGCUCAGUGACGAGCAUAUUAAAUAUUUUCUCUACCAGAUACUCAAAGGAGUGAAGUAUUUACAUAGCUGUGAAGUGAUUCAUAGGGAUUUGAAGCCUGCCAAUUUAUUGGUUAAUGAGAACUGUGAUUUGAAAAUCUGCGAUUUUGGAUUGGCUAGAAUUGAUAAUGAUUCCGCAAAACGUGAUGAUAAGGUGUCUUUUAUGACAGAAUACGUUGCCACUAGAUGGUACAGAGCUCCAGAGAUCAUGCUUUCUUCGUCACAGUAUUCGAAAGCCAUAGAUAUGUGGUCCAUAGGAUGUAUUGUGGCCGAGAUGAUUCUCAGGGAGCCUUUUUUACCUGGAACAGACUACAGAAAUCAGCUAGCACUAAUUUUUGAGGUUUUGGGUACCCCUACACCUGAAGAUAUGAGGUGCAUUAAAUUGAAAAGGGCCAGAGAAUAUGUCAGGGCACAAAAAGUACGCCGAAAAAUCCCUAUGUCCAAGAUCUUUAGACGUUCAAAUCCAUUUGCCGUGGAUUUUAUAGAGCGUACUGUUUGCUUUGACCCUUCCAAACGACCAACAAUUCAACAGGCUUUAGAUCAUCCCUAUGUUAAGGAUUUCCGUGAACCCGAAGAGGAAAUUAGUGCUCCCAAAUUUCCCCAUGAUUUCUUUUUCUUUGACAGCUACAAGGAUCAGUUGAAAAUGGUGGAUCUCAAAAGAAUUCUCUAUGCAGAGAUAGUUGCAGGAUAG